GUGAGUUACGCGCUUCAAGUGAGGUCGAGUCAAUAUCAAUCGGCUUGAGCUACCGGCCGACAAUGUUAUUGCGUGUGUCAUUUCAAGGAAGACAUCGCACCGGACAGUUGUGCCUCAAAGGUUGAAUAGAGAUACGUGAUUCUCACCGUUUCGUAAUCGUGUGGAGAACUAUUUAAUACGAGUUGCAUCCUGCUUAUACUGAUUAGAAUGCGACUGAAAACCAUACCCAGACAAAGAAUGACCGUAAAUCUUACUGACGCGAGGAAAGAAUUUUUGGAUAUUGGAAAACACACCCAAAUACACGAAAUACGAAAGAAAUCCGAAGCAAGUGUGCGAGAGGGGUCCAAACGUUCAACCGGCGUACACGAAUCGAGGGAUUUUAGCACCAGCAAAUCGUCUCCCUUAGAAUUAGUCUACCACGUGCCCGGAGUCAAGAAUCGCGUGGAAGACACUUUUGGAGCCAUGAAUUUGAGCGUCAAAGAUAGCGUCAAGGUUUGCAGCGAGGAGGAAAAGCCGAGCGGGUCAUCAGCGUCCGAAACCGCGUACUGCGGAAGCAAUAGCAGCGAGGAAUUCGCCGGAAGUAUGCUUUAUCAGAUAAUGACGGAUCCUACGUUCGUUGAUAAUAUCCGUCAAAACAAACAGGCCAAGAAGCUGACUUGCCAGUUCUGCAAGGAGAAAUUUGGCAGCAGCAGGGAGAUGGACGAUCACCUCGAAUCUCGCGGGAUGAACGAGCACAAUCAGAUCACCUGCUGCGCCUGCAAGAAAACCUUUGGGCAAAAAAGAUAUCUUCGAUACCAUCAGAGGUGUCAUAUCGAGAAGAAUAAAUACCCGUGUGGCCUCUGCCCGAGAAUGUAUACUAGAAUGGACAAUCUGACGCGACACAGGACCUUUCACACAAACCCUGACAAGUAUCCGUGCAAUAUUUGCGAAAGGUCAUUUUCCAGAAAAGACUUGAUGACCAAACAUCUCAAGACUCACGAGGGAAAAAAGUUCAACUGCAAGCUUUGCAAACAAUCUUUUUAUAAUUACGUCGACUUGCAAACUCACAGAUUGGUAUCGCAUAUGAAAAAUAAUCGUAAAUAAUUCAAAAAUUAGUUGAUAGUUGAGUUUGGCUCUCAUAUUCCCGAUUGAAUUUCUUAUCACUUAUUAUAAGCAAGAAGAGAAUUAUUUUAUAUAUUGUUAUACUUGAUUACAAUCACUUAAAAGUGAAGAAACACGACUCUAAUUGUCGGAUAAAUUUGACGGAAUUGUUUUAGUUCGUUGCUUUCUAUGUAAUCGUAAUUACAUACACGCAUAAUCGUGAUAUUCGGAAAUAUAUGAUUUGUUGGUUAAUUAUCGACGUGGAAAUAUUAUGAUAAAUUAUUUUGGUAUAUCCAUAUGUUUGGACAGGUGGUUAAUUACGUUAAAGUCUGUAAAUUAUUUUUGUUGCAAAGUGCCGUACACUGAUUGAUGAUAUGUAUUUAAGUUACUCAAUAAAUUUGUUUAGCGUUAUAGAGUAUUGUUGUUUAACAAUGAUUAUCCCCUAACCAAUUUGAAGCUAGAUGUUAAUUUAUGUAACAUGCUAAAAAAUCGUAAAUAGCGUACCUAAUUGUGUCUUUCUACAAGGUGAGAGUGAAAUAUUUAUUUUAUCAAUGAAGGAAUCUUAUAUGACAGGGUAUUGGAUUAAAAACAAAAUAAAAAUGAAGUAUAGAAUAUUUGAGACAAUGUUUCCUAGUGUAUAUUCAUAUCUACAGUGCCUGAAGUCUUUUCAC